AUGGGAAGCAUCCAGCAGGAGAAAGUUUGGGCCACCCUGGUCACAAACCUGAACUACCUCCCCGGCGUUUUGACACUGGAGUACUGUCUGCGUCGUGUUGGGACAGAGUAUCCGUUCGUCGUCCUUUACACAGAGGCCUUUCCUGAUGUUGGUCGUGAGGCGCUUAAGAGCAGGGGAAUUGCCAUGGCAAAGGUCCCUGAACUCGCCCCCUCAAAUCCCCAAGAUUACGGCAACGAUGCUCGCUUCAAGGAUACAUGGACCAAACUCGCGGUGUUUUCUCUGACAGACUUUGAGCGGAUCGUGCUUCUUGACUCGGAUAUGCUGGUGCUUCGGAAUAUGGACGAACUGAUGAACCUUCACCUCGAUCACCCGUCUGUCAGCGCAGAUCCGAGCGCCAGCAAACGAGUCUUUGCAUCCAGCCACGCCUGCGUCUGCAAUCCUCUCAAGAGGUCGCAUUAUCCUGCCGAAUGGGUCCCUGAGAACUGUGCUUUUAGCUCUCAACAUCACGAUGCGGACUCGGCUCAGCACAGCGGUGCCAGUGUUUCUUCCGGCCUGGGCAAGCUAAACAGCGGCCUCCUGGUUGUCAACCCAUCUGAAACCCUGUACAACGACAUUGUUUCGCGCAUCGAUUCUCACGGUACCGAAUACCAAUUUCCUGAUCAGGACCUUCUGGCGGACCUAUACCGCGAACGUUGGGUUCCUCUUCCUUAUGUCUACAACGCGCUCAAGACUAUGCGUGAGAGCCACGUGCACGGCGAGAUUUGGCGGGACGAUAAAGUCAAGAACGUACACUAUAUACUCAGCCCCAAGCCUUGGGAUGAGCUCGACCAUGAUGGAAAUUGGCGCGGCGAGAAGGAGAUUCACAAGUGGUGGGUUGAUGCGAAUGAUGAAAGACUUGCAGCGGAAAGAAAAGUUGGAAUCGCAUGA